CAAGUUGGACGGACCUGAAGUUUUACAAUUAAUAGAAGCAGCCAAUGAGUUAGAGCUUGCAAAUAUAAUUGAAUAUUUAUUAUCAAGAGCCAAUUUCGAAAAAAUAGUCUUAAGCAAAUUGAAUAGCACAGAAGUUUUACGUCUUUUAGUAAGAACCAUCGAGCUAAAUUUUAGUUUAAAUCUACAAUAUAGAUCUGAUAUGAAAAUUGUUUUAGAAAAAUUGAACAUAAAUGAUGUUUUACAUAUUAUGAAAACGGACAAUAGAAUAGGAAUUAGAAAAUUUUUCGAUAAUAUGUUAUCAAGCAUGGAUUCUAGCUACCCUUCUUUAAGAAAUUUGAAUAGUGAAAAGAUUUUACAAUUAUUGGUAGCGGCUAAUGAUUUUCAAUAUAGAAAAACUGUUAAUAACUUAUUAACAAAUAUUGAAACUAUUCUGGGAAAUUUAAAUGAAAAGGAGAUUUUUCGACUUUUGAUGAUGGCUAAAGAAUGGAGAAAAGAAGAUUAUGAUAUAUUAGAAAAAACCAUUCAUGAUUGUAUCCCUCUAAUUCGUUGGUACCAAAUGUCAAUACUUGAUAUUUCAGAGAACUUGGAUUUCCUUAAAAAUAUUAUAUCAAUCGAACCAAUUCUUCACUAUCUUCAUGGUAAUACGACGGCAUCAAAUAGAACUACAAUUUUACCUCCAAGAUAUAAACUACCUAAUCAUAUGUUUCAUGUCAGGCCACAACAUUUUGAUAUUAUUGCAAGUUGGAUCGAUAAGAAAGAUUUGAAAAACUCAACAAAUAAUAAUGAACAAAUAACUCCAAAUGAAUCAUU